AGUUGAAGUAAAACCACGAGCGCAUUAACAUGGCUUUGGUACUGAAAUCAACGUACUUAUUUAUUGAAAAGUAUUCUUCGGUCGAUAUCGAUUCUAGAAUCGAACAUCUUCCAUUUAUGAAAAACCAUUGGACAUUGAUUGGACUUCUAGCAGCAUAUCUUUACUUUGUAAACAACAUAGGAAGGAAGUUGAUGGAAAACAGGAAGCCUUUUCAGUUGAAAACUGUCAUGAACAUUUACAAUCUGUUCCAGAUUUUCAUUAAUGGCUACAUGAUGUCAACGGUUAUUCGUCAUGUUCUGAAUGUGAAAAACUUUGAUAUUUUAUGUUUUCCCGAUGCUAAACUAGACAACUCUGUGGCUGGAGGAAAAAUUCUUUUCGGUCAUUACCUUUACUUUAUCGUCAAAGUUUCUGAUCUUCUUGACACGGUGUUUUUCAUUUUACGGAAGAAGAACAACCAGGCAACGUUUCUUCAUAUUUAUCAUCACACUUUGAUGAUAGCAUUCACUUACUUCACCUUGAAAUAUGUUGCUGGCGCAGGACAAAUGAUUAGCAUCGGUUUUAUCAAUUCCAUUGUGCAUGUUGUCAUGUAUGGGUAUUAUUUUCUUACAUCAUACAAACCAGAGUUGAAACAUUCAAUAUGGUGGAAAAAGCAUAUAACUCAAUUACAGCUUCUGCAGUUCAUGAUUUUAACUGUGCACUUAGCCGCUCCACUUUUUGUAACAUGUUAUUAUCCGAAACCGGUCUUAAUCGUAGGAGUUUUACAAAACUUUUUCAUGAUGAGUUUGUUUUUGGAUUUUUAUUACAAGACUUACAUACAUAAAAAAGGAACAAUAAAAGCUACAAGCUUGACGUGA